UUUGUACAGCAUUAUCUAGCACCACGGCUCACCACAGAACUGCCACGUUCCGAACAGUGACACGAGGGGCUGGCCAGCCCCUCCCGCUGCCUCACCGGCUGGCGCUCCCCCGACGAGCGGGCGCAGCCCCCCCCCCCCAGGCCCCCCGCGGCGCCGCCAACGGUCUCCGCUCGGUAUGAAUUUGGCGCCUCGGCUCCUGAUUGGCCCGUCGCCGCGGCCAAUGGAUCCGAAGCAAAGGCGGGCAGGGCCGGCCGGCCGGCGGGCGGGCCCUUCCGGCGGGCGCUCCGCAGCUGAGGCGCCGCGGGGCCGCCCAAUGAGCUGCGCCCUGCGCGGCAGGAGGGGAUAAAGCAGCCGGGCGGGGGCCGCCCCCUUCAUUCCGCCGCAGAGCUGCGAGGGAGCGGUCGCGGAGCUCACACCAUAGCGAGGCGCCAUGUCUGGCCGUGGCAAGAGCGGCGGUAAGGCCCGAGCUAAGGCCAAGUCCCGUUCUUCCCGGGCCGGGCUGCAGUUCCCCGUCGGGCGCGUCCACCGGCUGCUGCGGCGCGGGCACUACGCGGAGCGGGUCGGGGCCGGCGCGCCCGUGUACCUGGCUGCCGUGCUGGAGUACCUGACGGCCGAGAUCCUGGAGUUGGCGGGCAACGCGGCCCGCGACAACAAGAAGACGCGCAUCAUCCCCCGGCACCUGCAGCUGGCGGUGCGCAACGACGAGGAGCUCAACAAGCUGCUGGGCGGCGUCACCAUCGCGCAGGGCGGCGUCCUGCCCAACAUCCAGGCCGUGCUGCUGCCCAAGAAGACGGGCGGCGGCAGCGCGGGCCCCGCCAAGGCUGGCAAGAAGGGCAGCGGGCAGCAGUCCCAGGAGUACUAGGCCGGCCGACCGGCCCCCCCCGCACCACACAAAGGCCCUUUUCAGGGCCACCCCCCCAUUGCUCACCGGGAGAGCUGCGAUCCGGGGGGGGGGGGCGGAGCCGCGGCUCUGUCCCGCCGGGGGGGCGGUGCCGUGCCCCGCUCCGCCCGCCGGGCCUGGCAGGGGGCAGGGGGCGAGCGCCGGUGCGUGCAGCCCUCCCGGCCGCUGGCCGGCGCUGCGCAGCUCGCGGCCUCCGAAGAACGGGCCCGGGUGGGUCCGGAAAGCGUUGGCAGCUGACACGUGUGUGCUAUGUCAGCCGGAGUAACGGCAAGAAACGCUCCUACCCCAGUUCGGUCACGAAACCUGUAAAUAGGAGGUGCUCCGUAAAGACACUUAUUCUUGGGUGCUUACUUUGGCUGUAUUUAUCUGCUGUUGCAUUCAGUGGACAGUACAUAGAGAAUAAACCAUGCUUUGUUUCCA